AUGGUUAAUUCUGCACCACAGAAACCAUUUCUAAUUGGUGUAAGCGGCGGUGCAGCGUCGGGGAAGUCUGAAGCCUGUCGUCGUGUCUCCGAAGCGCUGCUUAAAAAAUCCAAAGGAAAGCAGUCUAUAGUUUUAUCACUGUCAUCUUUCUAUUACCCGUUAUCAGAGGAAGACAUUAAACUUGCUGAAUUAGGAAAACUUGAUCUUGAUCACCCAAGAGCAUUUGAUUUUGAAGCACUCUCCGAAGCUUUAAAAAAGAUACUUAAAGGGGAGCCUGUGGUUCUGAAUUGUUAUGAUCCGACUGCAUUUUCAAACACCCCACAAAAGCUUGAAAUUCCUCCAGGAAUUGAUGUUGUAAUUGUUGAGGGAAUCCUCACAUUCUACCAAAAGGACAUUCGAGAUAUGUUCCACAUGAAAAUCUUUAUUGAAGCUGAUGCCGACACGCGGUUGUCUCGCAAAGUUCUACGUGAUGUGCUUGAGAGAAAGCGAAAUUUGAACACCGUUUUGGAAAAUUACUUCAAAUUCGUAAAGCCUGCAUUUGAAGAAUUUUGUCUACCGACAAAAAAAUAUGCUGACGUAAUUCUCCCACGUGCGCCGGACAAUCGAGUGGGCGUUGAGUUGAUAAUUGAACACCUUGUCCAAAUGAUGUCUGCUCCUCGUCUGAAUUCCUCCGCCGGGAGUGGACAGAGUCGUUUCCGUAACCAAUCGGAGUCGGCCGUAGCCGCCGUGUCAAUUCGCCCCCAUUAA